AUGCUUUUAAUAAAGAGGUACUUGAUGGACCCUGAAAGUUUAAGGAGGCAGAUAAUGAAUGUAUAUAAAUGUUACAUGUGGAAGAGAGCGUUCCACAGUAAUAGAAGCCUACUGGAAGUUAAACGUCGUGAAAAGAGUCUCCAGAGAAAAAUUUUGGAAAGGAUUCUUAGACCCAAGGAGGAAAAUGCUGUCAAAAAAUCUGGAUUCAAGCUAUGGUCAAGCCAUUUGAAUAACCCACACAAAACUUAUAUGCGGCUGGAGGAAUUACAGAGACGUAUUAUGGAAGAGGUACACGUUGAAGGUAUUAAAAAGAAUGAUAAGUUAUUCAACGAAAUAAAUCAAUGGCAUUUCCAAAAUGAAAACACAAGUACUGUUCGAACACCAACAUUGCUGAUACAUGGCUAUGCCGCAUCUUCAAUGUCUUUUUUCAGAAAUUAUCCAGGUCUGUCCAAGCACAUCCGAAAUUUAUACUCAAUUGACAUGCCAGCGAGCGGAUUGUCUUCAGUACCGUCUUUAGAGAUCAAUACAACAACACCUCUGCCGUUAGAUAUCAAAUUUAUUGGAGAAAAUAAAUUUAAGGUUCCAUAUACAAUAAAUGCAAAUCACAAUAAAUUUGUGAUUCAAAUGUACGAAGAUUUCUAUCUCGACAGAAUCGAGCAAUGGCGCAUUGAUAACAAAUUGGGCAAAAUGAAUGUUGUGGGGCAUUCUUUUGGCGGAUAUUUAUCUUUUAAAUAUGCUGUUAAAUAUCCAAACUCGGUAAACAAACUUUGCUUGGUAUCCCCACUAGGAGUGGAAAGGAAUAUCUGGUCUGUAAAUAAUAAUUUCCACUCCAACACUCUUUAUACUAUCGAUUUUAAAAAUCCAAAUUCCAAGUUUUACUCCAAAAGAAAUAUGAUUCCAAAAUACUUAUUUGAACAACAAUUUCACAUUUUGAGAAUGAUGGGACCAUUAGGAGCUAAGUUAUGUUGGAAUUACAUAAUGGCGGCAUAUAGCCGAGUCCCAUCGUUGGCAUACAAAGAGUACAUAUUUGAACUGUUUUACGGUAAGGGAGGUAUACCGGAGGUUACGACAGAUAUUUUCAAAGCGUUAUUUUCAAGAUGUAUCCUAGCAAAGGACCCCUUGAUGGAUUCUCUGCAAUAUUUAAAUGUUAAGAAAUUAUUGAUAGUAUAUGGGCAAUAUGAUUGGAUGAAUAAAAAAGCCGGUAUGUUCAUGGUCAAAGAGUUGAACAAUUUAAAGAACUGUCUAGAAGGAGCAAGUUAUUUAGAAAUACCUUCUUCCGGUCACAAUCUUUUUUUAGAUAACCCAGAAUCAUUCAACCAAUCUAUAGUGUCCUUCUUAUCAGACGAAACUAAAUCGCCUUGA